AAUCGGUGGUUGACAAUGAAAAUGGAGUCCCUGAUCACAUGGGGCGAGUUGAUGAGGGAGUUGAGGAGUUCUUUACUAAGCGAGUCCUUCCUGUCGACACCCUGAAAACACAGAAUGAGGCUGGGGAACCUUCCAUUACUGAACAGGAAGUGGAAGUAGCACCUACUAGCGCCGCCCCUUGCCCCGCCCCUUCCAGAACCCUAAGGAGGAAGCUGGGCGAGUUCUUCACCCUUAAAAAGCGGAGGGCUGUGAAAUCAGAGGGAAGCCAAGAGGGGAAAGCCAAGAAGACCUCCAUUGCCGACCUAAUCCGGCCUCUCAGGGAGGCCACCAGAGCUGAAAAAGAUAAAGUGAAGGAGAAUGAAAAAGUGAAAGAGAAGGAGAGUGUGGAUGACAACGUUGUGACAGGAGAUCCAGUGGAAGCAGAAACCCCUUCUUCUGAUGGUCCCACUCCACUGAGGGGUGAGGCUCCACCCCGUCGUGCGCUAAGAGAGGGGAAGUCACAGUCUCUAAUUCUACUCUCUGGAUCUGCAGCCAACGCUGGGAACACCAAGAACACUGCACAAGGGAAGUUUCAGAAACACUCAUCUGACGGCCAUCAUGGCUUUGAGCAGCGCCUGCAGCUCAUGCUACAACGUAUUGGUGUGUCCAAAGCUCAGCCAGGAGAGACACAGAGUCAGGAGAGAGAGAUGAAAAAAGCUGAAUCAGAGGGCACUAUCAUCGAUAAUAAGCCUGAGCCCCCACCCACAUUUAUGAAGCCCAGGACCAUGUCCACCUCAUCAGAUACGAGACGUCCGGUCCGACAGAGUGUGUCCGCACAUGAGUCAGCUGGUAAACCUGCUCUGCCUCCUAAGCCAAUAAUUAAGCGAGGCCCAACCCCACCUCCCACUGUCUCCGGUCAUCUCACCCCUGAGAAUGAUCUAUCUCAAAUACAGGAAGUAGAAGCGUGUUUCCCCACAAACCCCACCCCUACCAGUUCUGAUACUGAUACCUCUACCAGUUCUAAAUCUAUCCCCACUGACACCCCUAUUCCCAUCACUGUCCCAGAUCCCACUGACCAUUCUAUUCCCAUUGACACCAUCCUUCACUCCCCUGUCCCAGAUCCCACUAACUCUUCUAUUCUCAUUGACACCAUCAUUCCCUCCCCUGUCCCAGAUCCCACUAACUCUUCUAUUCUCACUGACACCAUCAUUCCCUCCCCUGUCCCAGAUCCCACUAACUCUUCUAUUCUCACUGACACCAUCAUUCCCUCCCCUGUCCCAGAUCCCACUAACUCUUCUAUUCUCACUGACACCAUCAUUCCCUCCCCUGUCCCAGAUCCCACUAACUCUUCUAUUCUCACUGACACCAUCAUUCCCUCCCCUGUCCCAGAUCCCACUAACUCUUCUAUUCUCACUGACACCAUCAUUCCCUCCCCUGUCCCAGAUCCCACUAACUCUUCUAUUCUCACUGACACCAUCAUUCCCUCCCCUGUCCCAGAUCCCACUAACUCUUCUAUUCUCACUGACACCAUCAUUCCCUCCCCUGUCCCAGAUCCCACUAACUCUUCCAUCCCCGUUUCUACCACCGCUACUUCCUCUAAUUCAACCCCCAAUGACAUCAUCCCCUCUACGACCUCUGCACCCGUCCCUAUCAAUACUACAGCCCCUACCCCCAACACCACCACCUUCAUCCCCAGUACUAACCCUGCCACAACCACUACCAUUACCUCCAUCACAACUACAUCUGGCACUAUGAAUAUUACAACUUCCACCCCCCCUACUGACAUGAACUCUGGCUCUAUCCCCACUAUUACCCACACCCCAAUUCCCCCUACCUCCACUGACUCCACCACCCCAAUCACCUCUGCGUCUUCCCUCCCUAAUCUAGCCACCAUCACCAUUACAAGCAUUACUGCCCCAACACCUGUUAACACUAAUACUGAUACCCAUACAUCAACAACCCCCACCACUAAUGCUUCUACCCCUACCUUUACUGAUACUGCUGCCUCAACUUCUACUGACUUGACAACUCCAACACUAAAUACUUCCAUCUCCAUAAUUGCUUCUGCUGCCAACAACACUUAUACUCCCACCCCCACUACCUCUCUGUGUCCCACCCCCACUACCCUAAUUACUAAUUCAGUUACCCCACCUUCAUAUCCUGCUGCUACUAUAACAACCUCUACCCUUAAAUCUAUGAAUGGUGCUUCCACCCUUACCUCCAUAAACUCUACUGACUCCAACGCUACCCAAACUGGAACUAACAAUACCAGCGCAACUAACUCUGUCAACUUCACUUCUACCUUAAGCCCCACUAACUCUACUAGUCCUAUCCCUACUUCCUCUACCAGCUCCACUUCCACUAACUGUGCUGCUCACACUGCUACUAUCCCUAGCAGUCCGAUUCCCAUUCUCUCUACUAAUCACUCCCCCACUGUCACUUCUAUCCCCACUGCCACCCACUCAACUAACUCCACCAUUACUUCCUCCCCCACAUUGUCUUCUACUCACACCACUACUACCACUGCUAGUCCCAUCCCAACUAACUCUACUAGCCUGACCACUACCCCCACCCCCAUUAACUCUAGCCCCGUCACCACUAUCUCUACAAGCCCUUCUAAUAUCACCACUAUCUCUACAAGACAUUCUAAUAUCACCACUAUCUCUACAAGCCCUUCUAAUAUCACCACUGCCACUAACUCUUCUGUCCUCAUCAGUACCCUCAGCCCCACUAACUCUACUACCAGCACCCCCACUAACCCUUCAAAUCAAACCAACACCACUAAACCUACUAACUCUACUACACAAACCACUAUCUCAAUCCCCACUAAUUCUGUUACUCAUAGUUCCACUAACUCUUCUACUCAUAGCCCCACUAACUCUUCCAGUCCAACCCCCACUAACUCUACUAGCCAAACACCAACUAAUACUAUUCAGCCAUCACCUGAGGAGAGAAUUAGCCCUAAUCCUGCAAUGGGACUGCUGUCCAUGACUAAGGGUACAAAUGACCUGAAUGCCGAGAGGGUAGAGAGGAACAAGGAGAUGGAGAAGGAGAAACGUAGCAAGGAAGAAGAUGUCAGGAGGGCCACAGGGAAAGAAAAAGAACAGAAAUCACUGGCGAACUACAUAGACAAAACCAUAAAAGAGGAGAAGGAAGAGGGUCUGCAGAAGGUGGAUGGGAUCAUGAGGCAGGGAGUAGAAGGGACCAAAUCAAAUGAGGGUAGAGAGCUGUGUAAAAAGGAUUGGGAUAAAAAGAGGGAAGGAGGGACUAAUGGGUCAGAUGAAAAAGAGUUCAAUACUAAGGAGGUGGUAGACAGCAAGUCAAACAAGGGACCAACUACUGUGAUAGAGGCAGGGGAGGCCACAGUAAAAGAAACGGGGGAGAGUCCAUGGGACUGAGUACCGGAACCACAUCACAGCAGCAAACCGCAGAGGGUGGAACAUCAGACCAAAGAACUGAGACCCCCUCUGUGUUACACAAAUGGACUGACCCAGCAACGUGUCCUUUUUUUCACAACCAUGUUUACAUUUGCAUUGCACGUAUUGUAUGAUUAUGUAAUACAUUAACUGUGGUGAAAUAUGUUUACAAUAGAUGGAUAUGAGACAUAUAGUUACUUAUGAUUAUUAAAAUGAAUAUUCAUAAUGUCA